GUAAGUAAUAAAAUUCGCGUAAAUUAAUCAAUUCUAAAACAUAAGUGCUAAUUAAAUCAGUUUUGCAUAACUUCGCGUAAACUAAGUGUGGUGUGUGAAAAACUAGACUGUGCAAUUUUGCGAAGAAAUACUGACAUCUAUGCAGUCUGGGAUAAAGCUGUGAUUUUGUUCUGCAUGCAUUCUACAAGAGUCAGCAGAAAACAUUAAUUAGUUUGAUAUGCACACGUCAGAUACAUCAUCUUCAUAGAAUCCUGAUGGAUCCGGCCUCCAGGCGCUGUUCGAUCACCGCAGCUGCUGAGUAAUUAAGAAUAAAAUUGACCUGAUGUCAUGGGCGUAGUUACGAGCCAUUAUUCCCCGAUGUGGGUACUACUCCUGCUGCUGGUCGGGCCGCUGAUGUCGUCAUGGAACUCUGCGGUCGCGGCCAUGUGCCCGGCGCGGUGCAGAUGCGACGACUCACUGCUGCGGGCCUCGUGCGCUGAUGCGGCCCUCGAAGUCGUUCCGAUUCAACUGAAUCCGGAUGUUCGCGACAUAGACUUAGCGCGCAACAAAAUCACUAACGUGCACUUCAUGUUCACGUUCUACGCUCGUCUUGAAACAUUAGAUAUUUCUCACAACUCCAUAUCCGUCCUGGGAUCAAAAAAUUUUGAAGCGCAAACGCUUCUACUCACACUUAACUUGAGUUAUAAUGCUAUCGAACAUCUAGCCAAAGAUGUCUUCCGUGGUUUGACUUCCUUAAGACGUUUAGACCUGUCUGAAAAUCGAUUGAAAUCAGCGCACGCCGCUGCCUUCCAUGAUUUACGUUCGCUUCGAGAACUCAAUUUAGCUGAUAAUCAUUUGGCUAAAUUUGAAGCAGAAUCGUUCAUAGCACUUGUUAACCUGCAAGAACUAAUUUUGGAUAAUAAUCAGUUCUUAGAUAUGCCUACAUCAAAUUUAAAACAUACGCUCAGCCUAGAAAAGUUGUCUGUUUCUGGAAAUCUUUUAGAGACAAUACCGAAAUCAGCAUUUAAUCAGUGCAGAAACUUACGCCAUUUAUCUCUUGAAGAUAAUGUUAUUUCGAAUUUGGACGAAUCUGCUUUCGAGGGACUUGUAGCACUAAGAGAUUUAAAUAUUGCGAAUAACAAUUUGACAGCUGUUCCAACAGUUCAGCUAUCAGGACUAGUCAAUUUAACAAGGUUAACUCUUAGUGGCAACCACAUAGCUGUUCUUCCAGCAGUAGCUUUCCAAUCAUUGUUCCAGUUACGAGAUUUGCGAGUUAGUCAAAUGGAGGCGCUGCAUAGAAUAGACUCUCGAGCAUUUGUAGAUAAUGUGAGAUUGGAAGAAGUUUGGCUUGAUGAUAAUCCUGCACUAGAUACUUUACCAUCAAGAAUGUUUCACGGGAAUUCACAUUUAAAACUAGUUUCAGUGAGAAACUGCGGAUUGAAAACGAUCGAAGCAUCGCAUUUUCCGAUUGACAAAUUACAGAGGCUGCAGAUUGCGGGCAAUCCUUUACUUUGUAAUUGCUCACUUCUGUGGCUGUGGCAGCUCUCACAACCAGGCUCGCAUGAGUUACAAAUCGAGAGCAGUGCGAUCAACGCAUCUUCCAGUAGUAGACACCAGUCUGAUACCAGCAGCACCACCCUGACUUUAGAUGCGAGUCGGGCUUUGUGUUCUGGACCGGAACGACUGCAAGGGCGCGCGUUGGCGGCUGUGCCCGAAUACGAAAUACGAUGCUCGGCAGGACCUCUAGCGGUCGCCGCUAUUGUUCUUACAAUCGCCGCCGCAUUGGCCGUCAUAGGUAGUGUCUUGUAUUACCUGGGUUGCACGACGGAUCGUUGCCGGCGCUGUUGCGGUGUCCGUGGCGAGAAGAGGCACGGCCCGCCGCAGCACGCGCCGCCUCCUCCUCCGCCGAUGACCGAUAAAUUCGAACGUUACCAUCAUUCUGGUACAACGCCCGAGUAUCACACCAUCGGCGGACCCUGGGAACCCCUCAAAUCCACGCAGACCAUGACCAGACCUCCUGAUGAUCCCUCACUCGCCUGCUACCGUCAACUGGUCACACACAAUGGGAAUGGAUAUAAACCACCUCUCCCUGUGAGACCUCAUGUUGUGUAUGUUUGA